CAUUUCAGAGAAAACAAACUGUUCUCUUUUUCUCUCUCGCUGUGAUUUCAGGAAAAUGGCUGAGGCCAGUAUUUCAGUAGCUCAGGAUGAGUUCAUGUGUCCAGUGUGUCUGGAUCUCCUGAAGGGUCCGGUGACGAUGCCCUGUGGUCACAGUUUCUGUAAGGUGUGUAUUAAUGGCUGCUGGGAUCAGGAGGAUCAGAAGGGCGUCUACAGAUGUCCUCAGUGCAGAGACACUUUCACUACAAGGCCUGUUCUACGCAGAAACAACAUGCUGGCAGAAGUGGUGGAGAAACUGAAGAAGAAGACUGAAGUCCAAGCUGCUUCUCCUGCUCACUGUUACGGUGGAUCUGGAGAUGUGGAGUGUGAUUUCUGCACCGGGAGAAAACACAAAGCCAUCAAGUCCUGUCUGAUGUGUUUGGCUUCUUAUUGUAAAACUCAUCUGAAACCUCAUCUGGAAGUUCCUGCUUUGAAAAAACACACAUUAAUUGAAGCCUCAGCAAAACUCCAAGAGAAGAUCUGCUCUGAACAUAACAAGCUGAUUGAGAUCUACUGUCGUACUGAUCAAACCUGCGUCUGUUAUUUGUGUACGAUGGAUCAUCACAAAGGCCACGACACCGUCACAGCCGCAGCAGAAAGAGCUGAGAAACAGAGUGAGUUAAAGGAGGAGCAGAUGAAAUCCCAGCAGAGACUCCAGGAGAAGCAGAAGAAGGUGCAGGAGCUGAAACAGGCUGUGAACACUAUAAAGCUCAGUGCACAGACAGCAGUGGAGGACAGUGAGAGGAUCUUUACUGAGCUGAUCAGCUCCAUGGAGAAAAAGCGCUGGGAGGUGACGGAGCUGAUCAGAGAUCAGGAGAAGGCUGAACUGAGUCGAGCUGAACGACUCCUGGAGCAACUGGAGCAGGAGAUUGCUGAUCUUCAGAGGAGAGUCACUGAGCUGGAGCAGCUUUCACACACACACGAUCACAUCCAUUUCCUCCAGGUUUUAGCUUCUGGACAUCGCUCUCCUCAAUUUCAGAGACCAGAGUUUCACACAUCCGGCGUCACUGUCCAUCAACAUCUCUCAUUUGAUGGAGUGAGGAAUUCUCUCUCAGAUCUGAAAAAGAGACUCGAGGAAUUCUGUGAGGAGGAAUUCAACAAAAUCCCUCCACAUGCUGCAGCAGUUCAGAUCAUUUCAGAACCAGAACCACAGAGCAGAGAAGACUUUCUGAAAUGUUUCUGUUAUCUGACUCUGGAUCCCAACACGGUACAUCAUCUCCUCAUUCUGUCUGAGAAGAACAGAGCAGUGAGAUGGAGUGAGAGCGAGCAGCGUUACUCUGAUCAUCCAGAGAGAUUUGAUUACUGGGAGCAGGUGUUGUGUAAGGAGAGUGUGUGUGGACGCUGUUACUGGGAGGUGGAGUGGAGCGGUGAUGGUGGUGUGUCCAUAUCAGUCUCAUAUAAAGACAUCAGCAGGAAAGGACGGGGUAAUGAGUGUGUGUUUGGACGCAACAGUCAGUCCUGGAGACUGUGGUCUUCUGCUUCUUCUUCUUCUUCUUCUUCUUCUUCUUCUCUCUCUUUCUAUCACAACAACAUUGAGACUGAUCUCAGAGUUCCAUCUCCCUCCAGAAUCGGAGUGUAUGUGGAUCACAGUGCAGGAACUCUGUCCUUCUACAGCGUCUCUGACACGAUGAAGCUCCUCCACAGAGUCCACACCACAUUCACUCAGCCUCUAUACGCUGGGUUUGGGUUCUGGUUUUGUGGUUCUACAGUGAGAUUGUGUGAUCCAGAAUAAAAGUGUGUCGUGUUUUCUGUAAAAUCCCUGCACGUUGUUGCUCAGUCGUCUGUUUCACUAGAACACAAUCCAGCUGCACAGAAACACUCAUUUUAAUAUUUAAAUUCAAACAGAUGAAUAAUUUAAAAUAAUUAAAAAGGAAAUGUUAAAAAUUCACUGUCAGACAAGAAACUCAUCAAAUUUAAAAAUGAUCUCAUGACCUUCGCAUUAUAAAGUUCUGUUUGUUUCAAAUUAAGCAGCGUCUCAUUAAAUAACUAAUAAACAGUAAUAAAGCCAGAACAGAACAACAUUUUAAACCUGUUCAGGUCACACUAUAUAAAAAUAAAACAUCACCUUUGGAAUGAAUUUGAUUUUUCUGCUUGUGUUCUAAGAUGUAAAAUCCACAUUCACUUUUUCAAAUCUGAAGUUGUCUCUAAACCCUGAGAUUUGAUUGUAAAACAUUGAACAAUAUUUAAACUCCAUUAGAACAUCCAGUACAUGAUCGGUUCAGGCUGCCGAUGUCGUGUUCAUCCCAUAUUCAGCCUGGAUGAUGAUUGGCCCACAGAUAGAACCUUUUAAAUCCAGGUUUAUCUGUGAGUUUGGGAUUUUUAUUCAAAUUUUACAAUGUGAUUUAGAUCCUGAACAUGAUUGUUAGAAAAACUUAUUUUUUAAAAAAUCCUUUUCAUUUUUUUUAUUAAUUCCUUUCAUGAAAAUGCACAAUAUACAGUACUGAAUUUGAACAUAAUUCAAGAUACAUACGGUAGAUCAACGUGACUCUUUUCAUGAUUGGAAAGGAGCAGCAAGAAGAAUAUCAUUCUUAUUUUUGUCUGCCCCUUUGUAAAACAAAGAAUCUUAGAUGGUCUGUAAAUUACACCGCAUAUCAUUUACCUACACCAUCAGCUGCAUAUGCCAACAACUUAAAGGAAAAAAAAAUAACCAAUAAAAGCAAAAAUUUAUAAACUCAAAACAAUAAAAAUGAUCAUCUACAUUCGAUGCCAACAACAUAAAAAAUAACCCAUAAAAAUCAAAUUUUACAAGCUCAUAACAAAUAAAAUGAACAUCCAGUUAAAUUUCAUGUGCAUAUUUUCUCAUUUGUCUCUCUUUAGACAUUUUUUAAAACUGAAAAAUAUCUGUGCAACACUUUAAAUCAUUCUGUUGAGAAUUCCAAAGUUUUACGCCAACAACAGAAAUACACAUUUGUUUUAAAGUGGUGCGAGCAACCUGAUGCUUAAAAUCAAAUCUCCUUCUGUGAUUUUCAUCUUCUGAGGUAAACACAAACAACUUCUGCAUGUUCUCUGGCAAUAUUCAGUUCUUGGCUUUAAACAUUACUAAUAAUGUCUGCAGUUUGAUUAACUUUUUAAGUUUCAAUAAUCCUGACUUAAUAAAUAAUAUAUCGGUAAGUUCUCUAAACUCAACUUUGUGAAUUAUUCGAAUUGCUCUUUUCUGCAUUAAAACCAAUGGCAUUAUAUUGCUUAUGUAUGUGUUACCCCACACUUCUACACAAUAACUGAAACAAGGCAAUACAAGUGAACAGUACAGCAUUCUCAUCGUUUUACAAUCCAAAACAUACUUGAUUUUGUUUAAAAUAAAAAUAUUCUUUGACACCUUUUGUUUAACAUAUGAUAUAUGAGAUGUCCAUGUCAAUUUUUCAUCCAUUAUAACUCCUAGAAACCUAAACUCAGAUACUUUCUCAGUGUUAACUCCAUUAAUAGAUAAUGAAACUUCAUCCUUUCUUUGAUUUGCAAAAACCAUAAUUUUUUUCACAUUUAAUGAUAAGUCUUGGUUUGAUGAAAAUAAGUUAAGUCGAACCAUUUAAUUUUCAAUACUUUCAGAGAAUGAUUUUAAGUUAUCUCCAGAACAAAAGAAAUUUGUGUCAUCUGCAAACAAGACAAACUUGAAUAAAUUUGAGACUUCACAUAUGUCAUUUAUAUAUAAAAUAAAGAGUUUGGGCCCCAAAACAGAACCUUGUGGAACUCCACAUUCAACUGUCAAACAUUCUGAAGUAUUACCAGCAAAAUGCACGUAUUGUUGUCUGUUCUGUAAAUAGCUGGUUAACCAGUUAAGGACAACUCCUCUCACACCAUAUGCAUUCAACUUUGAAAUUAAAAUAGAAUGAUCUAUUGUAUCGAAUGCUUUCUUUAAAUCAAUGAAUAACCCUAUUGUAUAUUUCUUUUUGUCAAUAGCUGUUGUGAUUUCUUCUAUUAUAUUCAUUAUUGCUAGCGCUGUAGACCGUUUUGUCCUAAAACCAUAUUGACUCUCACUCAAUAAGUCAUUAUUUUCGUUAAAACUAUCUAAUUUUUGAACAAACAAUUUUUCUAGCACUUUUGAAAACUGUGAAAGCAAUGAUACUGGUCUGUAAUUGUUAAAGUUGUGUUUGUCUCCUGCUUUGAAAAGUGGUAUGACCUUUGCCGUUUUCAUCCUAUCCAGAAAAACACCAGUUUUAAAUGAAAGAUUGUAAACAUAACAGAGUGGUUUAACUAUACAGUCAAUGGUCAUUUUUACUAUUUUUAUAUCAAUUCCAUCACGAUCAGUAGAUGUCUUACUUUUUGAUUUAGCUGCCACAGAAAUGAUUUGAUUUUCAUUCACUUCACCGAGAAACAUUGACUGCAUCACUUUAUUUUCCCCUUUCCAGACACUUUUUGUUUGUCCACGUUUUUUUGUAAUUUCAUUUGCCAAACUAGGUCCAACAUUCACAAAAAAAAGAAUUAAAUUCAUUAACCACUUCAUUCAUGUUUUUAAUCACCUUAUUGUCCUUUAUAAAAUGGUUGGGUCGAUCUGUUGAUCCCAAUUUGUUCCUCAUUACAUUGUUCAGUACAUUCCAUGUACCCUUAAUGUUGUUAUUUACUAGUAAAAUUUUAUUAUAAUAUUCCUUUUUCGCUUGUCUCAGUAUGUUGGUUAACUUAUUUUUGUACUUCUUGUCUUGCAGCAGUCUCUGUUCUAGAUUUUAUGAAGUCUCUAUAAAGUUUGUUUUUCUUUUGACAUGCAUUUUGCAACCCUUUUGUUAUCCAGGGCUUUUUAUUAUAACAAUGUUUAUGCAUGUGUAAAAUUGUUGGACAAUGUUUAUCACAGAGAGCUAAAUAACAAUUUAAGAAUGACUCAUAUGCAGUAUUCGCCUCCUCUGUAUCCACCCCAUUCCACUCUUGUUUUAAGAGAUCAUUUCUGAAGGCAUUAAUUGCCUCAUCAGUCCUUACCCUUAUGUAUCUGUGGCAAUUUUCUGCUUUCUUUCUCUGUAAUUAAUAAUUAAAUGUUACAAAUACAGGUAAA